AUGACGCCGAUUCGGUUUGCAUUAAAACCGUCGAAAAAGCGAAAACGACAGGAUGAGAACGAAGCGAAGAUACCGCCACUAUAUGGUGUAUUUAAUAGCAUUGAAGAGCUGCAUCAAAGUAUAAGCAAAAAUAGUGGAGCGAAGCGUCAGGUGGAUCUGCUUGAAGAUGUCGAAACGAAAGUAAAACGUCUCAAGGACGAGGGCAAUACACUUGCUGAAGCUGGUAGAUUUCGAGCGGCAAUGGGUAGAUGGAAAGAAUCUAUAGGUAUAGACUCAGACAAUGCAGAAUUGUAUGAAUUACUGGCCCAGGCUUCCAUGGCGAUGUACGAGGACUUUCAAGCUGUUCAGUUUGCGCGUAGAGCGACCGAGUUGGCACCAAUGUGGAGUGAUGGAUUUCUUACUCUUGCUCGGUGUCAGCUUAAUUUUGGUGAGCUAACGUUAGCACUUGAAGCCCUUGAACAGGCUGUCAAGCUCAAUCAUGGAGUGGAAACAGAGGAGAUGGCAAAUGAUCGUCAGGAUAUUGAGGAUCUGCUUGUUAAACAGAAACAAGCACUUAGGAAACGCGACCAAGAAGCGACACAAGAAGUAGAGGCAGACAAGUUACAGGUCAUAUCAUGCUUCAAGCACCUGACUCUUCGAGCCAAGGUAAUAAGCCACAUGUGA